ACUAAAAUCGACUUGAAACGCUUUAAAAACGCUUAUUUUAAAUAGAAAUGAAUAGAAAACUAAUGUUAAGUGCCUUGAGAGCAGUACGAGUGAGUACCUCCAACAAAUGGCAAGUGCCCGCCUUGACGACAGUGCGACAAUACGCUGCGCCGCCAAAAAGAUUCUACAAGAAGACCUCUGUGCUGUACACUGAUGGUGGCUACGAGGUGGUGCUGGAUCACAGGAAACUAAAGACACCAAAGGGCGCUCCCUUCACCGUCAAGAGCGAACCGCUGGCCAUUGCCGUGGCCACGGAAUUCGACAGCCAAAGGGAUCACAUCGAGCGGUCGCGCAUGCACCUGUCGGCCCUGUGCUUCACGGCCAUCGAUAAUCCCAAUAAUCUGAACAAACUGGAUAUGGUCAACUAUCUCUUAAACUAUAUGCCCACCGAUACGGUGCUCUUUCAAUAUGAUGAUGAGCGAGAUCUUAAGGAACUGCAGAAAAACGAAUGGGAUCCAGUGAUUGAGUGGUUCAAUCAGCGCUUCGAGACGAAUCUACAGAAAACCAUGAACAUAACACCGCCGACAAUUACCGAUGAGGAUCGAGUGAAGGUGGCCAAACAUUUCCAAUCCUACAGCUUGGACACACUGCAUGGCUUCGUAUAUGCUGUGGAUACGUUGAAAUCCAUUAUUUUGGCCUGUGCUGUCAUAGAGCAGAUGCUGCCCGUGGAAAAGGCAGUGGCACUGUCCCGGCUGGAGGAGGAGUAUCAGAUCAAGUUCUGGGGACGCGUCGAAUGGUCCCACGAUCUGAGCCAACAGGAACUGCAGGCGCGUCUGGCCGCAUCAGUCCUCUUUAUACAGCUCAAUUGUUCCGAGAACUUUGUUAAAGAAAAGCUGAUACUGUAAAGCAGAGCUGAAGUAAAAACUAGUAGUAACCCUGUA